UCCCAUCAAUUUACUGAUGAUCAAUGAACUCAGCAACGUUCCCGUCCCCGUCAUGUUAAUGCCCGACGACUUCAAAGCCUACAGUAAGAUUAAGGUGGACAAUCAUCUAUUUAACAAGGAAAACUUGCCAAGUCGCUUUAAGUUUAAGGAGUACUGUCCGCUGGUGUUCCGAAACCUCCGGGAAAGAUUUGGGAUUGAUGAUCAGGACUACCAGAACUCGGUGACGCGAAGCGCGCCGGUGAACAGCGACAGCCAGGGCCGCUGCGGGGCCCGGUUCCUCACCACCUACGACAGGAGGUUUGUCAUUAAGGCGGUGUCAAGCGAGGACGUGGCAGAGAUGCACAACAUCUUAAAGAAGUACCAUCAGUUCAUAGUGGAGUGCCAUGGGAACACCCUCCUGCCCCAGUUCCUUGGCAUGUACCGGCUCACGGUGGAUGGAGUGGAAACCUACAUGGUGGUUACCAGAAACGUGUUUAGUCACAGGCUGACUGUGCAUCGGAAAUACGACCUGAAGGGCUCAACAGUAUCCAGGGAAGCGAGCGAUAAGGAGAAGGCCAAGGAUCUGCCAACGUUCAAGGACAACGACUUCUUGAAUGAGGGUCAGAAGCUGCACGUUGGAGAGGAGAGUAAAAAGAACUUCCUUGAAAAGCUGAAGCGGGACGUGGAGUUUUUAGCUCAGCUGAAGAUUAUGGACUACAGCCUGCUGGUCGGGAUCCACGACGUUGACCGAGCAGAGCAGGAAGAGAUGGAAGUGGAGGAUCGGGCAGAGGAUGAGGAGUGCGAGAACGAUGGUCUUGGAGGCAACCCCAUUUCCUCCUACGGCACACCCCCUGACAGCCCUGGCAAUCUCCUCAACUACCCUCGCUUCUUUGGGCCUGGAGAGUUCGAUCCUUCUGUGGAUGUCUACGCCAUGAAAAGUCACGAAAGUGCCCCCAAGAAGGAAGUGUACUUCAUGGCCAUUAUAGACAUUCUUACGCCGUACGAUGCGAAGAAGAAAGCUGCACACGCUGCCAAAACGGUGAAACAUGGGGCUGGGGCAGAGAUCUCCACCGUGAACCCCGAGCAGUACUCUAAACGCUUCAACGAAUUUAUGUCCAAUAUCCUGACAUAGUCAUCUUCAGCCUUCAGCGAAAAACGAAGAGAAGAGGGGCUACUUCCAACCAGAGAACGCAGCCUGUGACACUAAAACAGACACUGUAGCAGCUUGUGGGGUGUGUGUGUGUGUGUUUGUGCGUGUGUGAGCAAGAGUGAGCGUGUGGCACUGCGUGACUUAAGAGAAAACUAAUUCUAGGUGCACCCUCCAACAGUCCACUUGACCCAGGUGGAAAAGUGGGUUUUUGUUACAGAAGUGCCCAGACGUAGAUUUGAGGGCUUUUUAAAACAAGAAAAGUGCAUUGUUUCAGCACUGCUCUUUCUAAUGACGUUUUCUCCUCUCCGAUCAAGAGACUCCCGUAGGGAUAUGACAUGUGGCACUGUAUGAAAGGGUCGCUCUAGAUCGCAUCCAGUGAGAGUGAAGCAGUGCCUGAUUCCACAAACUACUACUUUUUUUUUUUUUAAUUAUUAUUAUUAUUGGACUGUCUUUAACAGAAAGACAUACGAGCCCUUUUAUUUCCCUCUUGGUAGGAAUUGGAAGGAAAAUAGCUCACCAUUUCGAGGACGGAAAAUAUUACUCUGAUAAGGAGGAGUCGCUGAACUUUAGGUAAAUUCAGACUGGGACACUUUAUAUUUUUGGGUUAAUUUAAGUAACAAAACCUUUUUUUGUAACUGCACUUGAUUUACAAGAAAGAUGAGGGAAAUGAACAUCUACCAAAGAUGAUCGCUUAAAAAGGUGUAACUCCUAGAACUUAAAAUAACAACGUGAGGAGUAGUGGAGACAUCGCACAGCCUCCGAUGAUGAUGUGCUCAGAGCCAUCGUGCUUUAAAUUGGCCAGCUAUGAAGAGUUUGUGAAAGAAGAAGAAAAACGUGUUUUGUACCUGUAGGUUUGGGAUAGCAUUUGACUAUCUGGAACAUUUCCCUCUUGCACCUCAGUCAGGAAUUGCCAUGUCUCUUAGAUAUAGCUUCACCUUGCAGUUCUGCCAGUGUUAAUCUAGCUAAUGUUCAGUCUUCCUUACUCACCCGAUCUGCAACAGGUACUUGAAUUUGUUUCCUGGCAGAGGCUCUUUGCCUGGUUGGUUUAUUUUUGAAAUGGCAAUGUGGCUUGCACACGAAGGAAUUGGACUCGCUACCCGUGGGGAGCGCUGGGAGCUGUGACUGGAGCAAGUUCCGCUGCUCAAGAGGACUCAGGACUUGAGCUGUAAUCGGUUUUCCUCUUUGCUCCAUGCCCCUCUCUAGAGCGACUGUCAAGGAGUGGAAAUACUCAAACACUUGCGCCAGAUUCUCCCCCCCCGUCCUUUCCCCCCCCAAAUUGGGACUGAUCUGCGUGAAUUUGUCCUGUUUUGUCUCCAGAACGCUUGUAAUAUUUUUCACAGCCAAGCUUGUCAGACUUGCUUUGGGUUUUGUUAGCUCUGCUGCACAACAGUUACGGAUCUUUUGGUUCUUUUUUUAAUCUUUUUCUUUUUAAGCAGGAUUUAGUGUUUUGAACCAAACUCUUGCAGUUGAAACACGUUGCUUAUCUGCCUUGGAACUGUUUUCACAUAUGCCUUUGUUUCGGGAAUAAGCUCUUCUGAAUGUCUGUCCUGUGCUGUAACGCGUGCUACAGUUUGCUGUGUGGAACUUGGUCCUUUUGAGAGAUAACUGGUGCUCAUCACACCCUGGUAAUUUCUCUAGACAAAUGCCAGCUCUGGUCUGGGUUCUGGAUGCGGGCCUGGGUUUUUGUGCUCAGAGCCACGAUGUGAAUGCCGCAGGUCUCAGCUCUGAGGGGACAAACGGGGGCUGAAGCGUCAGCCCACGAGUGCACGUAGGGUGCUUAGGAAGUCAGGCGUGAAUAUUGGGGGUCACAGUGGGAUAUGAAUCUUCUAACUCGUUCAUUCCCUUUGACGUGGGACAAAUUUCUUCCGCCUCUGUAUUCCAGUCCCUGUUCGGGGUGAUGCGGGGAGCUAACGCACCCUUGUCCGAGAGGCCGGUGAGUCUCGUGUCUUGAGGUGCCUAGCUGCAAAAGCCACAAAAAAGUGCAGGUAUGAGAACACCUUGAAAAGGGAGGACGUAGAGGGUAUUGUCAGCUUAGUUUUGUGGGCAUUAUAUUGGUUGCUUUUCUCUUAAAAAUAAGCACUUACAUUUACUAUCAAUUGGAAAUUAAAUACCAAUCACUUUUUAUUCCUGACAGUUUUAAAAAUCUGCAUUGAAUCUGCAACUUUGGCACGGUAAGUUUGCUGUUCUCCUUCUGGGAAACGCGCUUGUGCUUCUUAAACUGUUUAUCCUUAAAUCGUGUAUUAAAAAGGAAGAAGAAAGAGGGGGGAGGAGAGAGAGGGAAAUCAGUGAACUGCCGACAUCCUACAGUGAGACACUAAAAACCAAGCAACCCAAAGGCGGUAGAACGGAGCUUGUGUAGCUAGGAGCAACGAUUUCAUUCACUGAAGUUCAUAAACGGGAAUGAAAUUAAGAUGCAGUUAAUUCCUGCAGCAGUCUUUGCAGAACUCAUGAUCCCAAGGGCUUAAGAGCAGGUAGCUGUAUUUUCUUACCCCGCUCGGAACAAACUCCUGCUAGAAUUGAAUUGGAUGUCUGGCUCAAGUGAUACAAAAAGCCCCACGAACUCUAUUCACUUUAGCACUUCCCCAAUUCUGCCACUUCUGUCAAGUUGCCAUACUGUGUGUAUUAAAGUAAUUAAAUGCAAUUUUCUCACUUAAUGAUGUAUUACCCAGGUAUGUAACUUUGUUUAACGUAAGCAUUUUGUAUAUUGUUUACAUUUUGAGAAGUAGCAUUAUGUUAAAAAUGCUAAUUUUUGUUUCUAGACAGUAUUUUUAUUACCAGAAUAAGAGGUGAAGCUGCAAAUAUUUGAUUUGUUUUUAAAAGGGACUUUUUCUUUUCUUUUUUGUUGUUGUUGUUUUGUUUUUUAAUCUUGUUUUAGGUCACUUUUUUAACUCAAGUAUUUAAAAAGAAAACCCAGCCCUUUCGAUUCUGGUUUUACAACUGCUUGUGCUAGUUUGUUGUCUGUUUCUGGUGUGAAUUUAGUUCUAGUUGGCUGAAUGUAGAUAUUUCUGUCUGUAGCACGUACCCUGCCGAACACUUCACACUGAAGUGCAUUUGACUGAAAACCACCCUCGGCUGAAAGGGUUGCAGUAGGUAGGCAGAUCGCUCUGACCCCAGGCGUAGUGCAGGAUUUCUCAAGAAAUUGCAAUUCUUUGGUCAGCUGGAGUUUCAAAAAGGAAGAAAACCUUAGUGGGCAGAGUGACUCCAGUGCCUGACGGCAGGGUGAGCUUGUGGCAGAAGGGAGCUGCACGAUCCAUCGUCCUGCCUGUACGGGGGGUCUCUCCCUUUCUGAACAUGGGCCAAAAAUGUCAAAAUUUAAGAACUACAAACUGCUUUGAAUCCAGAGCUUGCCUCUUCCCCGUUGAGAAAGCUCCUGGGGCAUAAAGAAGAGUGGGAGAAGAAGGCAGUCACAGUUUGGGUGCUUUUCUGCCCCUUUAGUGCAAUAAAAACCACUCGAGAACAUUGAUGGGUCACCCUUUAAUAGGAACUCCGCGUUCUGGAGACAGCAGGCAGCACCCGUCCUCUGUGUCAGUGCCAGGCCUGGCAUCUGCAGUACGUAACAAGGGGCAGCGGAGUUCACCUCUCAUCGCCAGGAGCAGGGGCAUCCUUCCCUCCUGGCUCAGGCCGUCUCUGAUCGGGUUUUAAUUGUAAUAGCCACGAUCAAGAAAUUCCUCCCAAGGGGAACCUCUGGGCCAGCAGUUGAUUUCCUGUGUGAAUGAGGCCGUACUCCCACCUCUGAGCACCCUGGUUUUAAAUUGGUUUAUCACAGCCAGCAAGAACACUACGCCACUUGAGACGUUCUUUCCUUGCUGUCUGGGAGAAAAGCCUCGCUGUGCCCUGCAGAGCGCUGCCCCAGCUACUUCCAGGGGGAACUGUGACCGGGGUCUCCCCUCUUAGCCCAGCUGAAGGCACAAAGCAAGGUUGCAGCGUAGUUACGGGCUAUGGUUGGUGGAGGGGUUGGGUCUCAGCCUCAACAGCUGCCCCCCAGUCCUGUGACUACUCUGCAGUCUUUAUAGAAGCCUCCCUUAAGCUGCAGAGGUCAAAGUGUUCAACCCUGAGGUGGUUCAGACCUUUCAGAAGUCAGUGUGUGUACUAAAACUUGGAUCGCCGCGCUGCGUAACCCGUCUGAGACAGAUCAUUGUAACACUAAGUCCCAAAGCAGAGCGGCCAUCUCCUCCCCGUCUGCGUCUUAAUGCCCCCGUUCAGGUUUGCCUGACAACUUCUACUUCUGCAGAGCCAUUCUCCAGUAUCCUUAUUAGCCACUGCUGAUUUUCCUUGCUCUUUGAAAUGAAUUCUUGUGUAAUAGCGAUGGCAAAGCGUGGGGAACCAACUUCUGGUCAGCCGUCAUUUUUAGUGGUUUCAGUUUUCACCACUCAGAACUUGUGCUGGUCUUUGUUUAGCUGCACAACGCGAAAUGCAGCUGGAUGGAGUUGUGGCAAGUGAGUGUAUUACACACAGGUUACAAGGGUGGGCAGGGCUAAUCAGUGCAACUGAAAAAAUGUGAAUAAAUUAAGUUUAAAACUAAAAAAAAUGCAUUCUAGGUUUUUUCACUGCUGUUUUUUAAAUAGGAAUUUUAAGUCCUCCGUGCUUGUCUGUUUGCUAGGAGCAGUUUGAGACACUGUUACUGUUUUGAAAUGCAUGCAUGUUACAAGAUGAGUCUCCAACCAGAGAAAAAUAAAAUUAAAACUUUGUGUACA